AUGGGUACGUGUUUUCAUGCUCGGGUUGGAGGGAGAAUCCUUGUUCAUCUGGAGUUUUAAAGCGGAAAUAUUUCAAUAAUGGUUUGCAACAUUGAAGCUUAAUAUCUUUUGAACCUAUGUAGCUUUAACUUUGUUGUUUAUCAUCAGUUUGUUUGGAUAAAAUUGAAUGAUUUUGAAAGGAUGUCAGAUGUGCUCCAAGAUGGCUGCUCUGAUGGGCCGUGGAGUUAGCUGCUGAUGCUGAAGUGAACUCUAAAACGGCGUAAUUUACCAUUUUUUAAAUAUCUAUUGUUUUUCCUAUCGUUUGUCUUCCGUGACUGUUCACUGUGAGGAAUAUAGUCACAGUUUGAGAGCGUUAUGUUGCUAAAGGAAGGAAAGUUAGCAUUAGCUUUAGCAGUCAGGACGGUGGUGGUGUCAUGCUGCUGCGUUGUCUCAUUUAGGGCAAAACUGUGAAUAAUGCAGGUAGUGUUGACACAUUAGGAAGUAUGUACAGUAACAAAUGUACAUAUUAUCUCAAGGGACGGUUAGAUUUGUAUCAUUGCUGAAGUGCAUGCUGUGCUACAGUCGACCUAAAGCUCACACUAAUGCCAUGCUUGCUGAUAUGUAAGGAUAAUAAGACUUGUUGGCUUCAAAUGGGAACUAUCUACUGCUCAGGCUUUAUUCCUUUUAAUGUGACAAAUCUCUGCUGAGAUUUUUGGAUAAGUAAAUCAUGAUUUCAGUAGCUGAAUGUAUUUGUAUUGUAGUGAAUUAAUGUUGUGAAUAAGUCCUGACACAUGCUUGAGUGAAAUGAUGAGCCUCUUUAUGCGGAAUCCGAAUUAAAAUUGCGGACAACCUCUACCUUGGAGAACUGAUUGCUCAAGCAUUAACAAUAACUCAGUAGUAAAUCUGUAAAAUGCACAUGGCUCUAACUCGUGGUCCUGUUUUUUGUUUAUUCAGGUAUCUCAAGGGAUAACUGGCAUAAACGCCGCAAGACCGGCGGUAAACGCAAGCCCUACCACAAGAAAAGGAAGUAUGAGCUCGGACGUCCUCCUGCAAACACAAAGGUAUGACGAAAAGUGAAAGCCAGUGGUCUCUUCAUUUAACUUUCUGUGAUGAUGCGUGGGUGAUGAAAACGUGACCUUAGGUAGGUCUUUUUUUGGACCGUUUUGGUUCAAAAGUUUGGGCUUACCAAUGCUAGGAUUGUCAUAGUUACACUGACACGCUGUAAGAAAUAAUAUUUAUAUUUUUAAUUUGUCAUGGACAACCAGAAGUCUAUUUUAUCAUCUAUUUCAUGUGGUUCUUGCGUACCUUUGCACUAAACUUCAUUGUGUUUCUUCAGAUCGGAGCUCGCCGUAUCCACACAGUGAGGGUCCGUGGUGGGAACAAGAAGUACCGUGCUCUGAGGUUGGAUGUUGGAAACUUCUCAUGGGGCUCUGAGUGUAAGUUUAAGUUCCUAAAUACACUGAUUAACCUUUUUUAAAUGCUGCUUACCUUUCUAUGAGGAUAACUUUGUCCAGUUCUGCUACUGAAUGGAAGUGGUGAUAUUGAAGACUCUGAGAAAGACCUGUCGUUGACUUAUAUAUGCCUUGUUUUAAUUAAUCUCAUGGAAUGAGAGGUUGUAUUUUUAACCAAUGGCACUUAUAUUUUUCUACACAGGCUGCACACGCAAGACCAGGAUCAUCGAUGUGGUCUACAACGCCUCAAACAACGAGCUGGUCAGAACCAAGACCCUGGUGAAGAACUGCAUCGUCCUUGUCGACAGCCUUCCUUACAGGCAGUGGUAUGAGGCUCACUACGCCACUCCUCUGGGACGCAAGAAGGGAGCUAAGCUGGUAUGUGGAAAAGAAAUCCCUUAUUGUCUUGUUUCUAGGAUGGAGCACAAGUACUCCUGCAAGUUCUUAGGUUUUAUAGUCGAGUAUGAUGCUUAGUGUGGCUGAAGUUAUUUGUGUAAUACAGACUUUGUUGAAGAUGUUGCUCGAUUUAAGUUUAUUUAAAAGAGUUAUCACCUGGGUCACUCUAAAGAAACUCAUUAUUCCGUAACUUCUGCACUGUUGAGUGAUGUUUGGUGUGUGUGCACGUCUUUCCAUGAAGAUAACUUUGUCCAGUUCUGCUACUGAAUGAAAGUGGUGAUAACGACGACUCUGAGAAAGACCUGCACCCACAUCCUCCAGUCUUGCUUUCAGAUUGUGAUCACCCGCUGUUGGUCAGCAGGUUAAAGUUUGUCGUGUAUUUCUGAACAUUAACAUCCUCUCGUCUUCUGCAGACUCCUGAGGAGGAAGAGGUCCUGAACAAGAAGAGGUCAAAGAAGACCCAGAAGAAGUACGACGAGCGUAAAAAGACUGCAAAGAUCAGCACCCUCUUAGAGGAGCAGUUCCAGCAGGGAAAACUGCUCGGUGAGUCCCAGCUUUGUGUACAGUUGGAGCGCAGUAGCUGUCUAGAGUCAUCGUUUAGUUAUUUGCCAAUCAGUGUCCCUUUUUGCAGGACUAUUUCUCGUGUGCUGCUUUCUGAAAUCCAGUCUUAUAGACAACAGAAAGAAAAGCCAUCAGAUACAAUUAUGGAUGUUUAUUUUCAAAACUGACUUCUGCAGCCUGUAACACCUGUUUUUAAGACAGAGUUGCCAGGUUAUCAAGUAAAGAAGUUUAUCAAAAUGAUGGAAAAUAGGGAGAUGAGUCAAUAAGCUGAAUCUGUUUGUAGCCCUGCAUUUUACAAUGUCCUUCCAGCACAAUGAAGUAAGCUUCAAAGUCAGAAAUCUAAUGUGUGUUUAACAUGAGAUUUUUAUCAAUUGAUCAACAGCUGGUCAGUGACACAGCAUUUUACUUUUAAGUCUGUUGCUUGUUUUGCCUAAAAUGGUAAAUUGUACCUAUGUUUCAGUUAUCUGAAAAGAUAAUUAGUUGUAAAUUUAAAGCGUGAACACAAUAUUAUUGAUGCCUUUUAUGUCUGUCUUAAAUGUUUAUUCUUUUAUCAUAAACAUUAAUCUGCAGAUUACUUUAAAUAGUUUAUGGGGUCACAAGUUUUGAGGAACCAAGAAAAUUCUUCAAUAACAAAAAGCAAAACCCUUUUGAAUUCGGGCAAAAAAACUGUUUUCACAAAUAUCAGCUUUUGUUGCCCUUAGGUUUCCUCUCAGAUUGAAGGGUCAAAGGCUUUUUUUUUUUGUGGCACCCGUAAUCUAAGGCGCUGCCUGGUGUAGUUAAAGUCUUCCUAUGAAGAAAACUUUGUCCAGUUCUGCUACUGAAUGAAAGUGGUGAUAACGACGACUCUGAGGAAGACAUGUUACUCUCACUGACAUCUACUGCAGUGAACAUUCAAUCAAAAUGCUCUUCAAAAGGCUGGCAACAUCUCCUGUUUUAGCUGUGAGAGGGAACACCUUAAAGAUCCUCUACUCCUUGGAAGUCUCAGACUCCCUCUUAAAAAAAGGACUUCUCUGAGAUAAUUGGACUUUUGUACUUCACUGUGUAUUUUGAGUGUUCAUUUUGGACUGAUCAAGUCUCUCUUCUUCCGUCCUGCAGCUUGCAUCGCCUCCAGACCCGGCCAGUGCGGCAGGGCAGACGGCUACAUCCUGGAGGGCAAAGAGCUCGAGUUCUACCUGAGGAAGAUCAAGGCCAAGAAAGGCAAAUAG